AAAGUCCGAACCGCCCUGAAGAGCUGGUUAGACUUGCUGUGCUCUGGCUCUCUCUCUCUCUCUCUCUCUCUCUCUCUCUCUCUCUCACGCAUUUCUCUCUCCGGAAAAGGAACCCUCGCUCGCACACCGCCACCCCCAUGAAGAAGCUCUAUCGGAAGAGCACCGUCUACCCCUCGCCGCCGGUCGUCUCCGACCACCUCUCCUUCCUCCCCGCGGCCAUCCUCACACUCGCCGCAGCCCUCUCGCCCGACGACCGCGAGGUCCUCGCCUACCUUCUCUUGUCCAACAACAACAAUAAUAACACCGGCUGGGAACAAGGCAGCAGCAUCCAUCGAAGGCCCUCUUCCGCCGUCUCCCCCGCAGGAAAAGGCGGCGGCCAGAGAAGCUGCCUACCCGGCAAGAGCGACCAUCCCCCGAUGUUCAGCUGCGACUGUUUCGAGUGCUACAUGAGCUACUGGGUCAGGUGGGACUCCUCCCCCAAUCGGCAGCUCAUCCACGAGAUCAUCGAUCAGUUCGAGGAUGGGCUCGUGAAGAGCAAGGGGUCCAACACUAAAACCAAGAAGGAGAGGAGGAAGCAGACGAGAGGGGCCACCGAUUCGAAGCCGCCCUCAUCAUCAUCCCGUGAUCAGGAUGGGUUUCCGUCAGAGCAGCGUCCGAAGAAGGACGACCUAGUAAGUUCGACAUCGCAAUCGGCCGACUCGGGGACUUCAGAUGGAGGCACCACCGUAACACGCGGAGGCGAGGCGGCGGAGGAAGGGCCGGAGAAAGGGUCGGUGAGGAGGCUGGUGGGUUUUAUAGGUGAGAGGAUUUGGGGGGUUUGGAAUUGAUCUGAACCUAUUCUAUUCCGAUGAAGUAACUGCAAUAAUAAACGCCUUAAAACAGACAAGGUUAGUCAGUGUCGGAGGUUUCAUGUUUUUGUUACCUUAAAACAGUGGAAGACUUCUUGAAGUCCUCUGUGUAAGAUAGGUUGUGUAAUGUAAUCUUGAAAAUAGGUUCUUCUCAUUCUUCCUUUUUGAGGAAGAAUUUUUGUAAAUUAAGUUACCCUUUUGGCAAUGUAAAAAAGGAAAGUCGGUAGUUUGUUCCCCAAUCAAUAGGAGUUCAAUUUUUUUUCCCCCUUUUACUAGUGUAAAAAAUUGUAGUUCUGUCUAAAUGGAUUCAAUGUUCAUGAAUCGAGUAUGGUGAAAUCAACUUGAUUUCAA